UUUUCUAUGAAAUUUUAACAUUUAAAUAAUCAUUUCACUAUAAUCGCGGAACUUCACUACCCAAUAUCCGGGUCUUUCGUCCUUGCGGAAGCAGCUUCUAAUACGGAUAAAAUGGACACCAGAACCAGAAAUUUUAUAAGAACUGUGCUUCUAAUGUUUCUCACCGCUUCAGUUUUCCUCGUAGUGGAUGCUAAUCCUAUUGGAGUAUGUAUACGAAAUUGUGCGCAAUGCAAGAAAAUGUUUGGACCUUACUUCGAAGGACAACUCUGUGCAGAUGCAUGUGUCAAGUUCAAAGGCAAAAUCAUUCCAGACUGCGAAGACAUAGCGUCCAUUGCACCGUUUCUAAGUAAAUUCGAAUGAGGAAACUUUUGACAGAUAGGUCUAAAGGAAAACAGAGCAAUGUGCCCUAAGUAUUUAACUUAUUUCUGUUAUCACAUAAUUUUCGUAUUCCAUUUGCCUGUGAUGUUAGUUUUUUAUUUAUUUAAGUAUUUAUUUGUAUUUUGGUAACGUGUAAACA